AUGGAAACCCUCAACGCAAACUUUGUCACCCUCCAGUCUUGCCUCAAGGAGGUGAUUCGUUGCAAUGGCGAUAACAACUACAAGAUCCCCCAUGUUGGGAAGAGUAGUCUACUUUCGAUUGGAAGGCUACCUGACAGCAUUGAAGUGGAACGAGAUGUGUAUAAUGCGGGUUGCAUCUCUUUGGGCGAAGAAGACUUCGACAAGCGCCUGGAAGACUUGGCUGAGGAAGUCAAGGAAGACUUAGAAAUGGCCGAAUUGUGUACUCUGCUGGAGAGUUUGGGAUUGGACAACAAGUUUUAA